AUGGGGCUUGUCAAGUCCUUCAGGGCUCGAGGGCCUCUGGACCCGCUGGUGACAAGCCUGAUGGACUUUUCGACCCUCGAGGAGCUCUCGCUGAAGAUCUUCCAGCUGUACCAGGUGAGAAGCCGUAAGAUAGCUCUAGAGCUGGUGGGUACCUGCUGGGUACUGUCGGCAGCUCUAGAGCUGGUGGGUACCUGCUGGGUACUGUCGGCAGCUCUAGAGCUGGUGGGUACCUGCUGGGGGGCUGUCGGCAGCUCUAGAGCUGGUGGGUACCUGCUGGGUACUGACUCAGGGGAGCAGAAGAUGGAUCUCGAUGAAUCUGGCUCGGUGAAUCUGGAAGAGUUGAACUUUGGUCUGAAGAAGCUGAACUUGAUCCCUCCCGUGAAACUGACGGAGGAAGAGUUCGACGCCAUCACAGACUCGCGGCAGCUGCUCAACUCACAGGGAGAGCUCGGGCCCGAGGAGUUUGAAACGAUGAUCCUGACGCAGAUGACCAACUAUGUGCAUCGAAAGGUAGCGGUAGCGAUCAAGAAUGAGGCGCAGGAGUUCAACUACGACAUGCUGUUCGCUAUCAAGUCGCUUCUGUUCUCAGUCGACAAGAUCCACAACCCGAUCUUCAAGUCAAAGAAGAACCUCCCCAAGAAGUCCAGGAGGGAGAUACUUCGCAAGCUCUUCAACUCCUCGCUCUUCAACGCCUUCGUUCAGUGGAAGCAGGCGAUGGGACUGCCGUCCUCCUUCCGACAGCCCAAGGUUGUGAGCAUGGAGACCCUUGCCGCCAGCAUCGAGCGCCUGGAGGGAGUUGUUGGCAAGCUCGCUUGCAGCUCUCCUGCAGCUACCUCGCAAGCUCCUUCCUCCUUCCAGCUCUCAGACGCUCUGGAAAAGAUGCAGCAGGCGCUGUCGCAGCAGCAGGAGACGUUGGCGAAGAUGGCGGAACAGAUCGCUGUCCUAAGCAAACAGGCAGGGGAAGUGCCCAGGAGGACAGGGAGCAGGGGGUCGAGGGGAGGAGAGGAGGGGCAGAAGGGGGCAGGAAGGAUGUCGGACUCCGACGUCAUCGUGGUCGGCAGGCAGGAGGGGAGGGAGGAACCAAAGCUCCAGAGCUUCACAGAGCUGAAGAGGCCGAAGCCGGCGCUGAAGCAGAGGAACCUGUCGUUCCCUCGGUACUCCCCCAGCUCGGCGCUGCUGCAGCUGGAGGAGUCCAGCACACCCUCACCUAGGCGACUCUCCGAUGCUGAGUCAGGCUACGUGGGACUCAGCAAUGGGGAGCAAGGGAGAGGAGCAGGAGCAGGAGCAGGAGCAGGAGCAGGAGCAGGAGGAGCGGGCAAGGGAGACCUGGUGAAGCUGUCUUGGUUCGAGGUUCCCGUGAGCUUCGACUCUCUCCGGACCUCCAGCCCGAUGAAGAGGAUGCAUGCACGGCCUGCGAGCGUGAAGGUGCUCCUCUACGACACCUACCACGUGUACCUCAGGAUCAGCGGGGAGGAGGUAGCAGGAGAGUGUCUGCGCGCCAGUCUGGGGGAGGCGGUAGGGGAGGCGAAGGAUGGGGAGAGGAUGAGCGAGGCGGUGGAGAAGCUGCGCGAGGAUGAGGAAGGGCUGGUGGUUGAGCGAUCCUCCUACGUGGACGUCCACUCGAGGGACGGCGCGACUUUCAGCCGCUUCUUCCAAGCGAGGGGAGAAGGGGAAGAGCUGAGGAGAGCUAUCGCCGAGGCAGCGACGGGGAAGUACGAUGGGGGGAAGCUGAAGGUGGAGGAGAAAGGGGGAAGAACUCGCAUAGUAGAGCUGGACAAGGAGGUCCAGCAGGCCAUCAGCAGGAUCCGAGUGCUCAGGUACCAGCUCUAA